AUGCAAAUGACAGAACAAAUUACUCCUGGAAUUCCGAAAUUCAUUGUAUUUCCAGAAGAAUAUUCCUUAUUAUUUGAAGGAGAUAGAGAAUAUUUAAGAACUGCAAGGAGAAUCAUAGUGCUUGGGAUAAGGCAAACUGUAGUUAGCAAAAAUGCAAUAGUUUGAAAAAAACCUGCCAAAAACUCAGGUGGGUCUUUUUUUAAAUAA